AUGAUGGAGUGUGCAUUCGCCAUACUCUCCACCAUUCCAGGCCGUAUGGCCAUCACUGGCGCAGAUAUGUAUUCUUCCUACUAUGGAGUUUAUCAAGUUCCCAACAACAGACAGUUCCCGGUGCCUCCAGCUUAUCACGGUAUACACAUGUCGCCAAGUCAGAUAAAGAUAGAUGGCACAUAUGUUGUAGCGUACUGUUCUAUAGUCAUUAAUCUCGAUCAAAUAAUGGUUAUCGUCACUAAAAAAUUAAAACAAAUAGAUCCAUCACACGAGAUGAUGAAAUCAGCGGAUACUGAAGCAGAAGAUCGAUGUCUCGAAGCUAUUAACUACCGCCGCAGUACUUUUGGUCAUAGUAAAUCCCAGUACGUGAAAUAUAUUACCACAGAACAAGCUUUACAAAGUGGUUGUCGCGAAAGGGAUAUUAUCAGCUUAGCUUACCAGAAAAAGAUUGGAGUGGUUGGAGAAUUUGCAUGCUUUGCUCCCCAAUCAAUAAACCAUGAUAUCACUAUAAUUGCUAACGAUUCAAUGCGUAUGAAUCAAUUUCUCUUCGAAUACCCCAAAAUCUUGAGAGCAAAAAUGAGUUCGAAUACAUAUGCGUUGGCUUGGUUUCGAGGGUAUCUUUAUUGUUUUGAGCGAACUAGAUCUAACUCCAACGGUGACUACUGGUGGAAGCCUCUUACCGCCAUUGGAGAGGAUCCUGAAGGUGAGAGGUUGGUUUCAGGAUAUGUCCGCAACCUCGAACGCAGCAUUGCCGAUUUCGUAGAUACUAUGAAAGUAUUCAAGGAGCUUUUUAUAAAUUCCAACCCAUCUCAUGAUAAGAUUCCAGGAUUGCCUUACAGAUUUGAUAAAUCUAAAGUUGGUCUCGGGCCCUCUUAUAAUCCAUAUCAUUACGAAUCUACUCCAAAUUUACAUCAACUUCCCGGCUAUCUAGUAUUCCGUCAAAAAAAUGAGAAUGGAAAGUACAAGACUAAUUUUAGCUUUUCGAAGACGUCGAAACGAGACGAAAAGUUGUACCUCAGGAAUCCCAUCGAAUUUGAUGAUGUUCAACCAUUAGAAAAUCAAGAACUAUGGAACUCGCUGAGACAGUUUAAAAUACCAGCUCAAUCGGACGUCACAUCGCCUGCUGCAAAACUUGAAGAGGAACAUGUAGGGGGCUGGCUCUGUUACUGA